UGUUCUGCGUGGUUCCUUCAGUCUCAGUCCUUGGAAGUCCCGCCCUCAGAGAUGGUAGAGACCUCACCUGCAACCCUCCGCCGGCCCCGCCCAUCCAGCCCAUGGGCAGCCUGAGACCCUCCCAGCUAACUCCCCACAGGUCCUUGAGCCAAGGUUUCCCGGAGAGUAAAGUUGAGUUCCUAAUCAUCCUCAAUUUCUUCACCGCGGGAUCGCAGCGAGACACAUAUCUCACAAUCAACGGCACAGAAUGGAGACUUAAGAAUGGGAGCCUAAGACAUGAUUUUAUCCAAGUCCCCACUUCAGAGAUGGAAAAACUGAAGCCCGAAUGCACUGGGCAAGGGCAGGAGAGGGACUCGAACUCUUGUCUUUGAGCCCCAGGCGCGGUGCUCUUCCAGGGUGCGCGGUCCUGACUUCGGCGGCUCCUCUUCUUCGUUGCCCGCAGGAAAACGCGGUGGCCGCGAUGGCGACGGACGUCGAAGGGGAUGUGUACGUGCUGGUGGAGCACCCCUUCGAGUACACCGGCAAAGACGGGCGCCGUAUCGCCAUCCAGCCCAACGAGCGUUACCGACUGCUGCGCCGCAGCACCGAGCACUGGUGGCACGUGCGGCGCGAGCCUGGGGGUCGCCCCUUCUACCUCCCCGCGCAGUACGUGCGCGAGCUGCCCGCACUCGGCGACCCUGCCCCGGCCCCGCAGCCUUCGGUGCCGCAGCCGCGCCCCGCAGUCCCGGAACCUCUGGCCUACGACUACCGCUUCGUGAGCACCCCGGUGGGUGCCGAUGGCUCCUCCACCGAGCCCCGGGGCCGCACCAGCUCCCUGUGUGGCCCUGCGCGACAGCGCGCCGGAGGCCAGCGCAGUAGCCUGGCGCCGGGAGGGCCCGCCUGCCUGUACGUGCGGCCCGCAGCGCCCGUGCGACCGGCGCAGUCCCUGGACGACUUGGCGCGCCGCGGCACCGCGCCCUCUGCCGGCCUCCUGGGCAGCGCGGGCCACUUCAAGGCCUCCAGCGUGGCGGGCUCCUGGGUUUGCCCGCGGCCCCUGGUGCGCAGCGACUCGGAGAACGUCUACGAGGCCAUCCCGGACGUGCGCUGCCCUCCGCGGGAGGAGAGACCCAAGCAGGUGGAUGACCCCCCGGAGCCAGUGUACGCAAACGUAGAAAGGCAAGCUCGGGCCACUUCGCCGCGCUCUGCGGCGGCAGCUCCUCCUCGGCUCAGCCCAGUGUGGGAGACGCACACAGACACGGACACUGGGCGCCCCUACUACUACAACCCCGACACGGGCGUGACCACCUGGGAGUCACCCUUUGAGGCCUCUGAAGGCGCCACCAGCCCGGCCACCUCCCGGGCCUCCGUGGGCAGCGGGGAGAGCCUGGAGACGACAGAGUGGGGCCAGUACUGGGAUGAGGAGAGUCGCAGGGUGUUCUUCUAUAAUCCCUUGACGGGUGAGACGGCCUGGGAGGACGAGACUGAGGACCUGGACGAGGAGCUCCAGGAGCAGCUGGAGAUGCAACCCAGCCUGAGCCCGCGAAGCCCGGGCCAACAGAGGCCCCCGACUCCUGAAACAGACUACCCGGAAUUGCUGGCCAGUUACCCGGAGGAGGACUAUUCUCCUGUGGGCUCCUUCAGUGAUCCUGGCCCCACUUCUCCCGUGGCUGCACCCCCUGGCUGGGCCUGUCACAUUACCCCAAACAAGCAGACGCUCUACACCAACCAGUUCACUCAAGAGCAGUGGGUGAAGUUGGAGGACCAGCAUGGGAAGCCAUAUUUCUACAACCCAGAGGACUCCUCUGUCCGGUGGGAGCUGCCCCAGGUCCCGAUCCCUGCCCCUCGAAGCGUUCGCAAAUCCAGCCAGGACAGUGACACUCCAGCCCAGGCUAGCCCUCCAGAGGAGAAGACCAAGACACUGGACAAGGCAGGAGUGCUCCAUCGUACCAAGACAGUGGACAAGGGGAGGAGACUUCGGAAGAAACACUGGAGUGCCUCCUGGACAGUACUGGAGGGAGGCGUCCUGACCUUCUUCAAGGACUCAAAGACCUCAGCUGCAGGUGGCCUGAGGCAGCCUUCCAAGCUCUCCACCCCUGAGUACACGGUCGAACUGAAGGGGGCCUCUCUCUCUUGGGCCCCCAAAGACAAAUCCAGCAAGAAGAAUGUGUUAGAGCUGCGAAGCCGAGAUGGUUCCGAGUAUCUGAUCCAGCAUGACUCAGAAGCCAUCAUCAGCACCUGGCACAAGGCCAUUGCCGAAGGCAUCGAGGAGCUGUCCGCAGGCCUGCUGCUCCAGGGGGAGGAAGGUGAGCCCAGCAGUGCUGACUUCGGAUCCAGUGAGCGCCUCGGAAGCUGGCGGGAGGAGGAUGUGCAUGCAGCCUCACCCUCGCUGAGCCCCGGAGGCCAGGAGAGCGACUUGAGCAGGGUCCGGCACAAGCUCCGCAAAUUCCUACAGAGACGUCCCACUCUGCAGUCUUUGCGGGACAAGGGCUACAUCAAAGACCAGGUGUUUGGAUGUGCGCUGGCUCAACUGUGUGAGCGCGAGAGGAGCCCCGUGCCGCGCUUCGUGCAGCAAUGCAUCCGCACCGUCGAGGCCCGGGGGCUGGACAUCGACGGGCUGUACCGCAUCAGUGGGAACCUGGCCACCAUCCAGAAGCUGCGCUAUAAGGUGGAUCACGAUGAGCGCCUGGACCUGGACGAUGGGCGCUGGGAGGACGUCCACGUGAUUACGGGCGCCCUGAAGCUCUUCUUCCGAGAGCUGCCAGAACCCCUCUUCCCCUUCUCGCACUUCCACCAGUUCAUAGCGGCCAUCAAGUUGCAGGACCCGGCCCAGCGCAGCCGCUGUGUGCGUGACCUGGUGCGCACGCUGCCCACCCCCAACCACGACACGCUCCGACUGCUCAUCCAGCACCUGUGCCGGGUGAUCCAGCACGGCGAGCAGAACCGUAUGUCUGUACAGAACGUGGCCAUAGUGUUCGGGCCCACACUGCUGCGGCCUGAGAUAGAGGAGGCCAGCAUGCCCAUGACCAUGGUGUUCCAGAACCAGGUGGUGGAGCUCAUCCUACAGCAGUGCGCGGACAUCUUCCCGCCGCACUGACUGCGGACCCUGGGUGGCUGAGGCCAUGAGGCUGGACCUCCUCUGGGGCUCUCCGCCUCCCACCCUGCUGCACUGUGACUUCUGCACCCCUCGAUUCAGAGGAUACGGUGACCCCCCCCCCCUUCGUGACUCCAGUUCAUGAAAUGUGAUUUCUCCCUGUUGUAUCCCCAUUAGGGGUUCCUUAGGGCCCUUUCUUGAUUACAGCGCCACCUAUUGUGUGGAUGCGAGAAUGCGCCUCGGGGGGGAUGAGUGCUUUCUAGGGCCAUGGCUGGGAGGAGGGAUUGGAUUAAGGCAUUCUGGCUUCCUCGGGCCUGCACCUGGCCAGGCCUGGGUGGAGACCGUGUAGGACCCGUGCUAUGCAGGAGGUCCUGCUCUGAUCCUGAAGCAGCUACUGACGCUGUCCCAGCUGCCAGGGGAGGACUGUCCCUGGCUGCCAGCCCAGGACGUGGGCUGCUUUCUUCAGCCUGGUGCUCCUGUGCCACCCUGUUGCAGGCCACCGGAGGGCUUUUCCUAGGCUUUCCUCUCUCCCUGGGCCACACCUGUUCUCUACAAGGCUUAUUCAUGCCCACCACAUGCUUUUACCCUGCAUCGACUACACAGGAUUCCAGGGAACUGGGGCUUGCAGAAGUCAAGUGACUUCAGGUUCCAAGGGUGAUCUGAAUCCCUGCAAAGACUCUCCCCUGGGCAGCGAACCCAGCUUCUAGAGGAGGAGAUGACUCCCCACCCCCACGGCAGCAUCUGGACAGAGCAGAGUAAAUAUGCUGGAGUGCCCUGCAUGGGCUAGAGGUGGGGGUCCCUUCAGAAAGCAGGGAACUUGUCACAGCUGUUCUGGUGGAAGAAAAACAGCAUAAAGAGAAGCCCCCAGCCCGUGCCUGAACCCUGGCUGGGUGCCUACCUGGUACCCACUUGCCGUACAGAGCUGGGAGAGGCCCGUUGGAGAGGUCACAGCCUCGGGCAAAGAGAGCUGGACAUGUGUCAGCUGUCCCCUUCCUUCCUCAUGCACACACCACCUCAGUUCAUCUGAGCCCCUAGCUCCACCCACCCUCACUGACGCAACAAACAAUAAUAGCUGAUAUUUAUUGAGCAUUCAUACUAUGCCAGCCUUCUACUCGGACUGCCCCUUGGUUUCUUGCAGUCAGUAUUUAUUGUGGGCCCUCAUGUGCCAGGCACUGUGCUCUGGGGCAGGGGUCUACGCAUGCUAUCUGGAGCUUAGGGCCCAGUGACUAAGGCUGACGCAAGCCCAGCCCUGAUGGUCACAGGGCCAAGGAGAGAACAAAUGGAGGCCUCUUGCCAUACACCUACAUAUUUAAAGUCUUAAGGCAACCUAACAACUGUUAAAUAAAAUAUGU